AUGCCUUCUUGGAGCCAACAUCUCGGGCUUGAUGACGCUGAGGCGGAGAAAGUUGAGAAACGUGGACGAUAUGUUGCUGUAAGAACACUGGUUGGUAUCGUCAUUUAUCCAUUAACACAUGUAAAAAUUCUCUUUCAACUUGGUUAUGAACCAUUUCCUUUAACAUCGGGAAAAUUUUUGUGGCUUUUUCGAGAAGCAUAUUUUCUUCCUAAUGGUUUCAAAUAUGCCAGAAAAAUAUACGACCACUUUGGACUACGCAAACUCUAUGCAGGCAUCGAUUCUUCCGUGUUUUUUCAAUUAACUUCCGGGUUGAUUGAUCUUGCAACAAAUGUCUAUAUGGAUCGUCAUUACUCCGAAAUUGGUGGAAAACCGAUUAACCUAGACAAAGAAGAAUCAGAGAUGAGCGAUAUGGAAAGUAUGCGUCGUGUCCUACGUUUCGCCAUCCGAGAAAGUAUUUCACGUACUGUUGCUGUCAUUUUUUCACGCCCAUUUUCCGUGAUUAUGAUCAGGCAGAUUGCGCAGAUUGUGGGUGGUGAGCUGAAAUAUCAUAACGUGUUAUCCUCUUUGCGAUUAGUUGGCAUUGAAGAAGGUCCAAAAGGAUUGUUUUCAGGUCUAAUCCCUCAACUAAUUGCGGAGUAUUUGUCGAUAUGGGGUGUACACUUUGUGCUUUACGGCAUUGAACGUAUUACGUUACGUGGUCAGCAAGAUGCCAUUCGUUCUAAUAACAAAGAAGAAGAGAAUUUUAUUGUUUCAACACGCAAAGCGCUGCAUUUGAUUGCACCAGUAUUUGUGAACAGUUUCACAUAUCCAUUCCAAGUGGUGUCAACAGUAAUGGCAGUUGCGGGUUCCGGACUUUUGGUUUCGAUGUUACCUUAUAGUCCGCCGUUUGAUUUAUGGCAGGAUGCUUAUGAUUAUCUAAUGCCAAUUAAUGGAUUAAAACGAGGCUCAAGAAUAUUCUGGCGUGAACAUAAUGGAGCUGUUAGCGUAGGCCCUGAUCAUGAGCUUUAUGCCGCCUAUAAACAUUUCGUGGUUCAGAAUUGGGAUGGAAAUAUUGGUAAAGGCUAA